AUGGCACCUGAUCCUGUGUCUGGUCGCAGGUCAGUGUCACCCGAGAGCUCUGGCAGAGACUCGCCGAUCCCACGACAAUGGAGAAGCCAGCUUGGUGGAGCACCCGAAGAGCACCUUUUGAAAGACAAGUCGUACCGAAGAUAUGCGGCCGGAGUCGACAGGGCACUGUCCCUCUUCGAAACCGCACUGGAGGAGUGGGCAGACUACAUAUCAUUCCUCAACAAGCUGUUAAAAGCUCUUCAAGCUCGACCAAGCUCUGCGACAACGAUUCCUGCGAAAGCCCUCGUUUCCAAACGAUUGUCGCAAUGUCUCAACCCGUCCCUACCCUCCGGCGUGCACCAAAAGACCUUGGAAGUUUACAAUUAUGUCUUUUCUACGAUUGGACGCGAUGGAUUGACAAGAGACCUGCCACUCUAUCUCCCUGGACUGGUGUCGACUCUCUCCUUCGCCUCUCUCUCUGUUCGUUCCCCUUAUCUGGAUCUUUUGGAGACGCACUUUCUGGAGGUCGACCCUCGAUCUCUUAGGCCAGCCAUGAAAUCAAUUAUCCUCGCGUUGUUGCCUGGACUGGAGGACGAGACUUCGGAGGACUUUGAGCGAACGCUUCGAUUGGUGUCCAGUUUCAAGGAGGCUAUUCGACCAGCUGAUUCCGAACCUCUCGACAACCACCACGCUACCGGGGACGACUACUUUUGGCAAUGCUUUUUUCUGGCGUCCAUCACAAGCAAUGGCCGCCGCCCAGGUGCACUCGCGUACCUCGCGAGGUAUUUGCCGUCUCUGGGAGGACUGCCGGCUGGUAGUGCCGCCCCAAGCCAGUCAGAUGAGAAGAUAAUUAGUGUCGUCACCUCCCCCGAGCCAGGUCUCUUGAUCCGCUCGUUUGCAAGCGGUCUAUGUGACGAGCAGCUUCUCAUUCAGCGCGGAUUUUUGGAUUUGCUGGUAUCCCACCUCCCUCUUAACUCACCUGUGUUACAAUCAAAGGUCAAGGCUGGCGACCUAGAGCUCCUCCUAAAAGCUGCUGUUGGUGUGGUUACGAGGCGUGACAUGAGUCUAAACAGACGUCUAUGGGCUUGGCUCUUGGGACCAGAACCGGCGACUACAGAAUUCGACCAAACUGAACCAGGCGCGAACUCACCAACACCCUAUGUCAACUCGAGGACAAGUUAUUUCGAAGAGUUUGGCCUACAGGCUUUGACGCAAGCGUUACUAUCCAUGAUCAAAGAUGGUGGUAACAGAAAUAGCAUAGAUCGAGCUAAGCCAUACAGAAUAUGCCUGUCCUUGAUGGAUAGAUGGGAAAUCGGCGGCCUGGUUGUUCCAGAGGUUUUCCUGCCCGUUUUAGAAAAUGUUCGCCAAUUCAAAGCCCAAGCAUCAUCAAAGGCCGAGUUUGCGGAAGUCCUCCGGAGCGCCAGCGUCUUCUUCGACGGUAUCGAAAGCGGCUUGAUCUACGGCGAACUUGUUGGGCUACUUGCUCAGGCCAUUGGCCCAGGCAGUCUCCGUUUCAAGGAACGGUGUGAUAAGCUAUCUCUCAUCAACUUCAUACUUACAAAUUUCAACAUACACGAAGAGGAAAUGGUGACUUUACAUGCACCAUUGUUCUGCCUGGCGGCGUUAUCAAUGCUGGAGGGGUCCAAGGACCAAGAUCGAAGCUCGCCCGACUCCUAUAAACUCGCUGAGAAAGCACUCUCCGUCACCAUCUCUUUUCUAGAGCUUAUACCUAGUCGCACAUUCCCGGAAAUCAGCCAGAAAGAGCGCCUUAGCUCGAGCUCGCCCGCCAACAUUGAUCUCCUGAAGAAGAUACAGAAAUUCUAUGUCAGCGAGCAAGGCAAUUUAGAGGCAGUCAAAGCUCCCUUUGAGCCGCAAGAGAUCGGGGCGAUUCUACUGCAAAAAACAGUAGAAUUAAUUUGUGACGAUUUUCACCCGGUAGAUCCUACGGCACGCAUACUAUCUUUAGCUCUAGCAAACAUGCCUUCGAGCUAUGAGGUUAAUGUCGAUCGGCUCUUGAGCUUCUUCCAGGAGCGGCUCGGGCAAAAGAAUACCCCAUCAUUCGCAGAGUUCGCAUCGAUUGUGCAACUCGCCACUGAGCUUCACAGUGCUGAAAGGCUAUCCACUUUGGAGUUGUCAAAGCUUAGUAGAUUGCUCGUGAGGCAUGCGUGGACCUAUCUUGCAGCGGGGGAUCCCAAGUUUCAUGUCGAAGCCGUCCGCAACCUGUGGCAACUGCAAACCUCGCUCACGUUGUCUGAUCGGAAUAUCGAGGCCACACUAGCUGCCUUGAUGGUAUCAAAUGGAUCGCAUGGGGUCAUAUCUACGUGCUCUACGGCCGAGAUGCAUGUAUUCAACGUCCUAUGGUCUCAUACUCUUCAAGACAACCCAUCUGAUAGACGAGGAGGGAAGACACCCGUGAAGACGCCCGUCAUAGACAAUUACGUUAUCCCUCGACUAGCGGGCAUGGAUCAUUUUGAGGUUAUGCUAACUCGACCGGUUUUCCUGGUGCUCGACUCUUUGCUUGAUGAGAGAUCAAAGUCUUACAUGACCGCCAAAUCGUGGCUGAAUAGCAUGAUUGGCAUCGAUAGGCUAUUUUUAAUUUUUGCGAUUAAGUUUAGCGAGCUUGGCUUUUUGGAAAACCUGCUGGCUGAAGAAGAGCUCGAGAAACCCCUGGCUGUUUCGACAAAUUUUUCCGAUGAUGACGACCUCGAUUUGUGUCUCUACUACCUGCGGUCGCUCUCUAAUGUUCUCAGUUGCGGCGGGGACAUUAUAUGGUCAGUUUUCGCGACGAAGCACAUUGCACUUCAAAGCUCUACAUUACACAUCAGUUCUGGAGCGGAAGAGGGCGAUCUGACAUUGCAAGAUUACUUUGUACGCGUGUGCCUCAGGUGUAUUCUGGGCGAUACCGAAGAGACAGCAGGGAACGACCUAAAAGCCCGUGUCUCGGAGCUUCAGCGCUUUGCUCUACGGCUCUUACAUCAGUUCUUCCUAGGCUACCAUGCCGCGCCUCUUGCUAGCCUUCAUCUCGAAUACCCUCUUAUUGACCGGCUGGCUUUGGCUAUAGACUCUGCCGAUCCUUUCUCUCAGGUCCUAUUACUUCAGGUCAUCGAUGCAGCCCUCAAGAUCCGCGAUGCUUAUAUACCGGAAGGCUCAAUCAACUCGCCAAAUGAAAGGGCGAGUGAUGUCGCAGAAGGAUUACGACCGAAUCGGCCGUCCAUAACCCUUCAGCGUGAAGAGCCACCGCUUAUGCCACCCCCUCCGCAACUACUGAAAUGUCUUCGAGCCGCCCUUAGUUCGCCGAGCAGCAGACCAGUUUUGGAUAGUUGGAUGUCAUUCUUGGCCCAGUGUCUACCCCUUUAUACGGAUUCGAUCUUCCAAAUCUUGAUACCUCUUGUUGAAACAUUGUGCGGCCAAAUUGAUGCAACAUUUUCCAGCCUACGAGAUACCUUCAAAUCUGGUUCUUAUACCCCGGGAACAGAUUCAGUGGCACCUGAAUCUACAUUGAUCUAUCUCCUAAAUGGCCUGGAACAGGUUCUUGCCAGGGCCCAUGACCAGCUGUUGGCUGAGGAAGCGAGGGCUCUUAGUGUUAAAAGCCCUGACCAGCCACAGUCGGUCUUUGGGAGCAUGAUCUCUGGUGUCUUUCAGUCAGACGCCCAGCACACCCGCAGCGCAACCGCCAACAAUAGACUCACUGUGCACUUGGCAUUCCAAGACGCGACUCGAAUGUGCUAUAAUAUAUGGUCGUGGGGCCUGGGAGAGGAGGCAGUGCAGCAAGACGAGAGUUCCCUAGCAUCAUUUAGGCACACGUCUCUCAGGAUGAGAAACCGAGCAAGGCGGCUGCUAGACCAUCUUUUCACCGCCGAGACUUUGGAGUGUCUUGAGACUGUGAUAGAUGUGUGGAAGAAGAAAAGUCGACCUGAUAGCAAGGCUGAAGUCUUCAACUUCCUCUCCGCACUUGAAGCUGCUCGACCCAGGCGUGCAGUUCCAGCCUUAUUUAACGCCAUCUAUAGCCGAACCAACCCAACCGCUCUGGAGCCGUCUCGAAAAUCAACCAUGACCAUAUCAAUCGAUGAUCAUGACCUUGUCUACUUCCUUGUUGAAUACGGGCGCUCUCUGGACGAUGAUGCGAUGGACGAAAUUUGGCAAGAUUGUAUUGUGUUCCUCAAGGAUCUGCUUAGCAACCCAUUCCCUCAUCGUCAGAAUCUCCCAGGUCUCCUUGAAUUCACAGCUAUCUUGGGUGAGAAGGUAGACAAUACCAAUUUUGGCGAGCAGAAGAAGAUGCGAAGAGAGCUCGGGGAUUUGUUUCUGAAGCUUCUUGCUGCCCUAUUCACCACUCGCCCAAUGACAUUCACCGAGUUUACCUCAUCAUCUAAUGGCGCAUCUGAGCGAUCCUCACGAUCAGAACUAUCUCGACGGAGUACAGCUAUCGGCGCUGGGGAUGGUGCUACCGAUGUCGUCCAGAGGCUAGCCUCCAUCGUGCCAAACCUACCAAAGAUUCUGGUAGAACCAGAUCGUGUGUUGGCUGCCGCCGGUGCUAUAUCCACCAAUAUCAUUGCACCUACGUUCCGCUCGAAGUCCUUUCCCGACACUGUUUCAGAAAGUACCAUGGCAUUGUUACAUGAAUUAUCAAGACUACAAAACAACCAAAAGACAUGGAAGAAGGAUGUUAGCGACGCCCUGAACGAUUCUAGGUUUUUCGGAAUGCACCUUGACUUGGUCCAUGGCGGAUGGAUCCCCUUGCUGAAGCAGUGGAUUCUCACCGACAAGGAGAAGAUCACUGAAAUCGUCAGCCGCAUCACCCCCCCUACUACAGCCGGUAUUGUCUUCGGCGUGGGAGCGACAUCUGCUCGCCUGGAAGCAGAUCGUAGAACUCAAGUAAACCUGCGGCGUAUCGCGACAUUAAUCCUUGCGUCUGCGGAAGACACCUUCGUAACAGAGCUUCCAACCAUCUUCGACAAGCUGGUAGAGCUUCUGGCAGCAACAUCGACGUCCUCGCCCUCGUCAACGACACGGGCAGACGUGUACAUGGUCAUCCGAGCACUCGUCCUCAGAAUCAGCCCAAUCCACCUGGCCAUGAUAUGGCCCGUCGUCAACGCAGAGCUGCACGUCGCCAUCUCCUCCAUCGCCGCCCCAGAAAACACCCCAACCAGCGAGACCUUCCCCCACCUCGUCGUCCUCCAGGCCUGCAAGCUCCUGGACCUCCUCAUCUGCGUGGGGCCCGACGACUUCCAGCUCCACGAGUGGCUCUUCAUCACCGACACCAUCGACGCGGUCCACCGCUACACCAACUCCUCCCCCGUGGCGCUGGUCGACGAGCUCUCCGAGAAACUGGGCAGCGCCGCCACCUCGAUGGUGACGGUCUCCAACCCCCCAGCCGCCGAGGAGGGGUCCCUCCUCGGCGCCAACUCGUACCGGCGCCCGCUCAUCGGCGGGCCCGGCGGCAUCAACGACGAGACCCCGAUCGAGCGCCGGGACGAGCUGAUUGCUAAGAUCCUGAAGCCCUUCUUCGGCCAGCUGAGCAUCAUGGCCUUUGAGUCGACGUACGCCAUGGGCGUGCUGGACAGGGAGGUCUGCGAGGGGGGUUUGCUUAGGGAUUUAUUUGAUGAUCGCACCAUAGUAAAGGCGCUGUAG